AUGCGGACUAACAUACGAAAGUCUGUUGACCAUCUUUUUCUUGUUAUAGGUAAAGAAGGAGUGGAGGGUGUAUCUGUGGGAGCCAUUCUUUCUGACUACCAGAGAGUUCGAGUUGAAGAUGUAUGCAGAAGGCUUAAUCUUCAGCCUUUAGCUUACCUUUGGCGUCGGAACCAGGAAAUACUGCUUAAAGAAAUGAUAUCAUCUAACAUUCAAGCUAUCAUCAUAAAAGUGGCAGCUUUUGGUUUAUAUCCAGAUAAGCAUCUAGGAAAAACUCUGGACCAAAUGUUGCCUUAUCUUCUGGAGCUUUCUGAGAAAUAUGGAGUCCAUGUUUGUGGAGAAGGUGGAGAAUAUGAAACAUUCACAUUGGACUGCCCUCUGUUUAAGAAGAAGAUAGUUGUAGAUUCAAAUAAGGUGGUUGUGCAUUCAGCUGAUGCAUUUGCACCUGUGGCCUACCUUCAUUUUUUAAAAUUACACCUGGAGAAUAAGGGGGAGUCUUCAGGUGCACUUCUGGUCAAUAGCUGUUCUUGUGAGGUAAUCUGCAAUGAGGAUGAUGUUUUUCCUUCAUCAGAAAAGGAUGAACCGCAGGAAAACAUUCCAGUCAUCUGGAAGUCUUUGAAACAUAAUUCUGUGGAUUUCAUUAAGUCGUUUGGAAGUUCAGGAAAAUCCCUCAGUGGUUACCAGUGGUUUUCAGGUGUCACUGCAUACUUCCUUCCAUCAAAAGGCAAAAAUGCUCAAGAGGCAGCAAUGGAGGCGUUUUCUUCUCUCCGAGCUAAUAUGACUUCAGAGGGAUUGAAACUGAAAGAUAUUAUUUUGGUUCAUCUGUAUGUGAAGAGCAUGAAAGAUUUCAAUGUUAUAAAUUCAGUUUAUGUGACAGAAUUUGAUUUGUGUCCACCAGCAAGAGUAUGUGUGGAAACCCUGUUACCUGAUGGAGUGCUGUUUUGCAUUGACUGCCUCGCACAUCAGCGUGGCAUUGCAACGGAUGAUGUGUUACAUGAUGAAAAACUGGUGAUGCAUGUACAGAGCAUUUCCCACUGGGCACCUGCUAGCAUAGGACCUUACAGUCAGUCCAUCAAGGUAGGGAAUCUUUGUUACUUCAUGUGA